GGCGAGCGGGCGGGCUGCGGGCGCCGAGCGCGGGCGCGGGGCGCUGUGUGCGCGGACAGCGCGGGGCUGCGCUCGGGGGCGCUCCCGGGCGCUCGCCGCCGCGCCUUUGAGUCAGCAAACUCCACUGCCCGCCUGCUUGCGGCGCCGCCACGCCUGCCCGAGCCCCGGAGCCGCCUAUUCAUCCUGUCCUGGGUUGAAGAUGUUUCCAGAAGAAGAGAAAGAGGAGUUUGUGAGCGUCUGGGUUCGAGAUCCUAGGAUUCAGAAGGAGGACUUUUGGCACUCUUACAUUGACUAUGAGAUAUGUAUCCAUACCAAUAGCAUGUGUUUCACCAUGAAGACAUCCUGUGUCCGACGAAGGUACAGGGAGUUCGUGUGGCUGAGGCAGAGACUCCAGAGCAAUGCACUGCUGGUACAACUUCCAGAGCUUCCAUCGAAAAACCUGUUUUUCAACAUGAAUAAUCGCCAGCAUGUAGACCAGCGCCGGCAGGGUCUGGAAGAUUUCCUCAGAAAGGUUCUCCAGAACGCACUUCUUUUGUCAGAUAGCAGCCUUCACCUCUUCUUGCAGAGUCAUCUAAACUCAGAGGACAUCGAGGCGUGCGUGUCUGGGCAGACCAAGUACUCUGUAGAAGAAGCUAUUCACAAGUUUGCUCUGAUGAACAGACGUUUCCCUGAAGAAGAUGAAGAAGGGAAAAAAGAAAAUGAUGUAGAUUAUGACUCAGAAAGUUCAUCCUCUGGAUUUGGACAUAGUAGUGAUGACAGCAGUUCCCAUGGAUGUACAAGGAGCACAGCUCCGCAGGAAUCCUGAAAACGAAUCCUGAUGUUACCCCCUUAGGAAUAGCAAAUCGUGUCCAGUCAUAGAGGAGAAAGCUUGCUGCUAAAGCUACUCUUACCUACAGCUCACCGUGACAAUAUGCAGUAUUCAAAUUUGUAAAGACCUUGGAUUAUUUAUUAGUGUCAUAUUUUUUUAUUUGGUUGUAGUUGUUGUCCAUUUUUUGGUUAAGCUUCUGUAAAAAAAAAAAAAGCUGAACGCCCAUGAAUGCAGUAUACUCCCCUGUAAACAAAUGUUAUUGGUAAAGUAAGAUCCUACGUGAAUUUAAAACACUUGCUAUGUUGGGGUGUGUGUGGGGGGAGGGAAAUGGAACUGACUGUAUUGAAUUGUAAAAGAUAGGGACAUCAGUGGUAGCAUUUCAAAUCCAGCCGCACCAUCUGUUCUUGUAUCUGUGGGGCAGUAUUAUGACCAACGUAUCAUGUAGUGUCUCAACCACUACGUAGACUGACAGCUUAGACCAGCCUGCCUUCCCAAAAGGAGGCUGGUAUUUUGUGGGUACUUCCCCUUGCACUGGGAAAACAGGACUUUGAGGUGUUGGAAGUCUUUUAAGCGGGUUAACCUUUCUUGUAUUCUGUUUCAUGCUCAGAUGGAAACGUAUCUUUAUGACUCA